GCAUUUACCCUGCACUCCAGCUCCAACAAUCGAGACCUAGCUCGAUUUCCAAUCUUAGAAGCCCCUCAAAGGCGUGAAAAGAUAGCCUUGGCCAAAUGGCCCUCGAUCCCUUCAUAGCCAUCGGCCUAGCCGGCAAUGUUGUCCAGUUUGUUGACUUCGCGGGCAAAAUGGUCGCAAAGAGUUUGAAGCUAUACAGGUCGUACCCAGGGGAGCCAGCAGAGAAUGCCUCGCUCGAGCAAGUCACCGGCGAGCUUCGCAGCCUUACUAAGGGGCUAGCCAUUCGCUUUGACCCUGGUGACUCGGAGCCUGAUGCCGGUAUCUUGAGCGUUGCUCAUGCGUGUAAAACUGAGGCAGAGAAGCUUCUUUCCGUUCUGGAGAGACUGAAGAUCAAGCAUGGCUCUCGUAUAUUGCAAAGCGCCCAUCAGGCAUUGGCUGAUGAGUGGAAGAAGGAUACAAUUGAGGAGUUGCGGACCAAUCUAGGGCGGCUCCAGACGCAGUUGUUACUACAUCUUGUCAAGCUGACGAAUGAGACGCAGUCGAGCAUUAGUAAAGACAUCCGAGAACUUAGUGCUACAAGCAAGGAAAUGAACAUGAACACGUCUGACCGGCUCGAUUAUCUGGCAUUUUCCAUAGCAGAGCUUAGGUCAGAUAUAGUCGAAAAUAUCGCCAGUGACCUGGAUACCUCUACGACAAGUCACUCGAAACGGAAUAUACCUCUCAGCAGCACCGAGUUAGGCCUUCUGCAGCAACCAGAUUUCCGAGAAGGCGUAGUAGGCCGCCUAGUCGCUCCAGUCAUUAACAUACCCUACGAUAACGACGAUGUGAAGAAACUCUCGACAAAGCUCCACAAUAUGGCAACGACAGGCUGUACCUUAGCUACUGAACAGGAUAUUCUCCACAGCCUGAAAUUCGAAGCUAUGAGAAUGAGAGAAUCGAAUAUCGCCAUUGCCCACAUCAAGACCUUCGACUGGAUUAUGGAACCUCGGACAAGCAUUAGCGAUGAAGUAUCGCAGAAUCAUUUUAUCGACUGGCUGCGCUACAAAAGCGGGAUUUUCUGGAUAUCAGGAAAGCCUGGAUCUGGAAAAUCGACGCUCCUGAAAUAUCUUGUCAAUCACCCAAAAAUGCAGUCGUCGUUACGAAUAUGGGCAGGCCAUCAAGUAUUGGUAACGGGAUGUUUCUUUUUCUGGAAUGCUGGAAAACCUAUGCAGAAAUCUCAGCAAGGUUUGCUCCAAUCCCUGCUUUUUGAAGUGCUACGGCAAUGCCCUUCUUUAAUCGGAACCACGUUCCCGUCUCGUUGGAAGGAUUUGCAGGGCCUAAAAGGCAAUCGCCAUGUUUUGACUGACUGGACUCUUGACGAGUUGAAGGGAGGUCUCAAACGACUCGUGAAAGCGGAUAUCACAUCCGCUAAAUUUUGCUUUUUCAUUGAUGGGCUUGAUGAGUACGAUGGCUACUCUACAGACAUCACUGAGACCUUGAACGACUUUACCACCUCAGCCCACAUCAAAAUCUGUCUGUCAAGUCGACCAUGGCCGGCCUUCCAGACUGCAUAUGGGGAUCCGACUAGAGCACUCAAACUCCAAGAUCUUACCAGAGAUGAUAUUCGACUGUACGUUCGGGAAAAACUUGAAGAACACAAGACCUUCAUUCUCCUCAAGAAUGAAGAUCCCCGUUACAUGAAUCUCGUGGAAGAAAUUGUUGGAAAGGCUGAGGGAGUCUUUCUCUGGGUAGUUCUUGUUGUUCAGUCCUUCAAAGAAGGGAUUUCGAAUGCGGAUUCGAUCUCGAUCUUAACGAAGAGACUUCGCGAGUUACCUUCAGAUCUCGACAAGUUUUUCCGUCAUAUCCUCGGUCAGGUUGACAAGGUUUAUUGGGAAGGGACGACCCAAGCAUUUGAAAUGGCCAUUUGCGGAGCAGAGCAACUACCCCUUUGGUUAUACUCCGUUCUUGACGAGGAAGAUCCCGACUUCGCGAUCAAAGCUCAACUUGAGCCUCUUUCCGUUCUUGAAGUAGAAAAGAUGGGCGGCAACCUGGAAAAGCGCUUGAACGCUCGUUGCAGAGGGCUGCUAGAAGUCGUAUCAGUCAAUCCGUAUCCGGAUAUCUUCUCGAAAAAUAAAGUGGACUUCCUACAUCGGACUGUUCGAGACUUUCUUCGCAUGGACGAUAUUCAAAAAUUGCUGGCCGAACGAUUGGAAAAGCCCUUUGACCCUAGUCUUACUCUCUGCAAGGCAUUACUGGCUCAAGCUAAAGCUGUGUCGGCAUUCGAGACAACGCAGCUGGAGAAGAUUUUCUCGGACUUCUCAUACUAUGCUCGACGAACUACGAAGCUCAACCCAGCGUCCCCAACAUUACCCCUAGAUGCAAUCACGCGGCUUGCCCAGCCAAAACAAACCCAACUAAAACAAAGUUCGGCUCUGCCCUCGCUUCAUCCAUUGGUAAUACAGAAGUGCCGCCUCCUGAACAUGGAGCAACAACUCCAAGGUACAACAAGGCCAGUGCAGUCGGAUCAAGCAGCUGCGCUUCUUGAAGUAGCACUUCUACCUUCGUGUAAUAGUUUGGGGCAUGAAGAGUACAUACACCCCCAUAUAGUGCAGUUGCUCCUAGAACACGGCGCAGACCCAAACCACGACGAGAGUAAUCUAGGAGGCACGAUAUGGAUCCGAUUCCUGGAUCGGAUUUACAGGCAACCCUCACCCUUGGACGAAGAGAGAAAUACUUGGUUUAUGGUCAUAGAUAGGCUUCUUCGUGGUGGUGCAGAUCCCACCGCCACAGUUAAGGUCCAAGAUGAGAAUCUCCCUAUUGAGGCUCUUUUCUCACAGAUUUUCAAGCCUGGACACGCAAUGAUGCUGACGCGUUUGUUGUCUAUGAGGCAAAGAUUGUGGACCGAAGUCAGCAAACUUCCGGAUUCAAGGCCAGAGAAGUUACCUGCAAAGAAUUCCCCUCUAGGGAAUUCUUCUCCACCCGAAUCGCCUCCACAAAUUUUGCACACACAGAACAUACCUCCGUUAGAGUCAGAAACUGAGCUAGAGAUUAGCGAUGGUCAGGUGAAACCCGGCCGUCGCUGGCGAACGAAAUGGCUUUUUGGAAAGCGGUAAUGGCAACCAAGCUUCUGCCAAUGGACCAUGCACAUAAAGAAGACACAAAGCACUCCUUAGCACGGAUAUGUAUACAGACGUAGAUGGGAACCAGUCCGCUCAGCAGAGGUUACCGGUCACUUUCGGGUGAUGAAGUGAGGUGCGUUUACAACUGUAGACGCAGUUCGGCAACUGGUGCCAAAACUGGGCUACUCCGGCAUAGCAGUCCUACGGACAGCUAGAACCGAGUAUAAAUGAAUAAAUCAAUCAAUGAUAAUAGCCAAGAAUAGUUCUUGGUUAUGUGACCUUUUGCCAG